UAUUUAUUUCAUUUUAACAACAAUUUUGAAUUUCAAGCAACACGAACAAAUCAAAUGUUUAAUUGAGAUCAACGGCAAUAUGGCGUUAAAAGAAAACCACGAAUGAAUUUACUCUCUACAGAGCGCGUAAUUCGUGGUCACGUUGUGCGUCUGAGUGCUGCUGGGGGAGGCACUGCAGUGUGUCAUUGUGUGGUAUAGUAGACGUCGGUAGUGAUGUGGAACUUUGCAACGGUGAAAAUAUGACGAAAAUAAAUCCGUCUACGAAUGUUUCUUUUCUGCGUAUCGCGACAAUUCUCUGCGCAAUACCGGUAUGCCUGGCCGCCCUGUCCGACAAGCAAUUAUGUUACGACCCAAAUUGUUCGGAGCCCAUCUCGCUGGCCAGGACCAUACUCGCUUACGCAACGAACGAUCCUGAGGUGAUGUCGUUUCGUGCCAAUGUAGACGUCAAAGUUUUCAGUAAAGGCGCUGGAAAGCGGACAGAUUUAUGGGGUGUCGAGAUAAACGGCAAGCGUGGAUUUGCACCCAAGACAUUCCUAAAGGAAUAUAAAGUUCUAAAACGUGUUUUGUCGCACGAAGUGCCUGUUGAUGAGUUUAAUGGUGAGGCUAACAGAGUUCAGCCUGAGAAGCUCGAGCCGACGGAGAAGGAGAGCGGCUUUGUUGACACAGGAGAGGAAUUGCAUGCUUUGUUGAAGGAUGAAUUAUCCCUGGAUGAUAAUCAGACACCGUCGUUAAAAUCCUUAGAUGAAAGUACCACGGAAGAGAUUCAUGCGAUCAAUGCGGAUAGCGCGACACCUUCGUACGAAGUGAUAGACGGAACCACGGUUUAUUUUGAGAGUGGCCCGUCCGUGCAGCCCAGCUUUGUGGCUGAAGUCGCUCACGCUACCGCAUUGCCGAAUGAGCCAGCUUCAGUGAUUUCUGAUUCCGAUACAGCCCACAAGGGAUUAUCAUCCGACAGGGAUACAUUUGUCAGCAACAAAGAGUCACAACCGGGCACGAACGACGCCAGUAAACUUGGAGGAAUUGAAUUGUCGGUGGAUACUCAGAAACAAGCUAGCCCCAGUUUGCUAGAGAAUUUAGAAGCAAUAAGCGGUUCCUUAGACACAGUCAGCAAAGAUGACACUUUGGCGCUUGACGGGAGUAGUGAAUCCAAUGAGGAAUCGUUAAAAGAUGUAGAACAUAAGGAAAAAUCAGAUAGCAACGUUGAGGAGAAUGUAGAGGAUAACGAGGAGAAAGUUACGGAACAAGUCCAAAGCGACAGUAUAUUUGCCUCAAUUACGAAAACGUUUCAAAUUUUAUCUAGCUCAGUAGCCGCGGACCCGGAGAGCACCAUUACUCAAAGUAGCGAUGAUGUAGCCGUUCCCGAAGCUGCUGUCGAGGGCAGUCUGCAAUUAGAGGAGCAAGUUUCCGAAAAUGUUGAAGCUAAGGAUGCUGCAACCGAAGAAAUUCUUUCAGCUCGAAUAAAGUCGGAAUCGAGUAUAGACCAAGGUUUUGUAGAUAAAGAAAAAGUAGAAAUGCAGCAGGAAGUUAUGUAUGAGAGUAUUGAAAGUGCAGAAAUUUCAGAUGAAAAGAUAAAUGAAGCUUCCGCGAUUAUUUUGGAAAAUACUGCAUCUAGUGACGUGCCUUCAAUCAAUAAUUUUGUACAUGAAAAUGCUGAUAAGCCUGCCAAAGAAUUGCCAACAGCACCUCCAAUUUUAGCGGACGAUAGUUCUGCUUCUGCAAAAGCCGACGUUGACAGCCACGUUGAAGAUACAGAAAAACCAUUUGUUCAAGUACAGGAAACGAGUGAACCGGAGAUAAUUAUCGAAAAUAGGACUGAUGGUGCAGUUACUUCUGGCGAAGAAGAAUCAACAAUCUUGUCUAAUUUGCAAGAAACUAAAAUCACUACUCAAAAUAGCGACGAUAGCGAGCAGAAAUCACCCGAAAGUAAUGAAGCACAGCUAGAAAAUACGAAGAAAGAUGCUGAUUACAAAGAAAUCGUUGAUCAGGCUGACAAAGUAACUGCUGAAAUUUCAGAAACUGUUAGCUCACCGUCUGACACGGCAGAAAAUAUCGCGACAGAAUCAUUCCCCGAGAGUCAUUCUGUUGACGAGACUCUAGCGAUUACAGAAGAAGAGGCAUUAAAUCGUAGCGCUGCAGAUAUUGAAUUUAAUAAUGAAUCAAUUGUACAUAGUUAUGUAAAUAGAAAUGAUAAUUUAGUCAAUGGUACUAGCUCUGACAAUGUUCCUACAGAAUCUAACGAAUUAUCGAACGGUGCGAAAUCUAGCGUGGUCGGGCAGGAGCAAUCUGUGGAUUCUAGUCAAGAGAGUGUAAUCUCAGAGCAAGCAAUGACUCUCCACGAAAUUCUCAGGAAACGAGAUUUGCCGAGCAUUGAAAAUUUGAAACGCAAAGAUGUCGAAGGUCAAACCGUCGAUUCUGUAGAGGAGGGAAUCUUACCUGAAUAUGGUGAUCACAUAAACAGUGAAGAUAAGGUUUCGUCUAAAAAUGAGGACGGAGAUAAUGGCUUGAAGAAAUUUGUAUCUACAACUGACUGCGCGACCGAGAAUGAAGACUUUGUAAAUGGAGAAGAUAAUUUAUUUGAUGUCAAGUUGGAUCAUAAUUAUUGGAAAACAUUGAUGUACCUGUGUGUAACAGCCUUGACAACACUAGUGUUCACUCUCGGCUAUUAUUACAUUGAGAAUGUAAGAAGAGAUGGACAACUUAUUGCAAGGAUUAAUAAACUCGAGAAAGAGUUGUUAGUCUCAACGAAAGAAUGCGAAACACUCACUGAGAAUCUAAAAUCUAUUAAAGAUAAGUUGCAAGGCAUAGAAGAUGAAUCAUUUGGUUCUAACGAAAUGGUUAUAUCGCUAAAAGCUGAUUUAGAAGUGUCACAGUGCACGAAGAUAGAGUUGGAAGAGCAAGUGUCUAUGUUGGAGAAAGAUUUAGAGAACGCAACUGAAGCUGGAUUAGAACUCGAGCGUAUGCUAAGGGAAGUUUUGUCAAACAAUGAAGUUAAUCCGCUAGCCCAAUCGGUGGAAGAUCUACAGGCACGAUUAGACGCGCAACAAACCGCGAACGAAUCCUUAACCAAUGCGUUAAACCUUAAGGCUCAAGAGAUUGAGGCUUUAUCAGCAAAUCUUGCCUCUGCUAAGAAGAAAUGCGAGGAUUUCGAAGUAAAAUACUUGCAAACACAGGAUGAAUUGACGACUCAAAAAAGUCUUAAAAAUAAUAUAGAACAAACGCUAACAGAUAAAGUACACAGUUUUGAAGAGCAAGUAGACGAAUUGUCUACUGAAAAGUCUUCACUGUAUAAAGAAUUGAGAGGCAAAGAGAUCGAAGUGAAAGAACUGUUAGACGUUAUCAGUCAAAUCAAAUCAAACAACUUGGAUUUGGAGAAGUUAUACGACGUAUCUAGCAUUAAAAUUGAAGUAGUGCAACUGCGUGAGGAGAGAGACGAAUUAAAGAUGCGAUUAAACGAUGUUAACGGCGCUCAUCAGUUAUUAGAAGAACAUAUGAAACUUGUUAAGGAAGAGAUAAUUGCGCUAAGCGAUCAGUGUAAAAUGGCUGAAAAAGAAAGGAAAGAUGCGGAGACACGACUUGAGGUUUUAUCAAAGUUUUUCCAAGAUAAGGAAACCGAACGCCAGAAGGAAGAGACCAUUUGGUUACAAAAACAAGGAGAAGUUGUAUCGACGGUCGAAAGGUUACACACGAUGCAAAAUGAAAUUCAAAAUUAUAAACAACAAGUAGAGAUGUUAAAACGGGAAAUUGUGGAUCAGGAAAGGGAAUACAAAAAUCAAAUAUCUGCUCUGGAAAUGAAGGCACAUGAGCAAUGGGUCGCUGCCCGCCAAAACGAGCGCCGUUUGGAAGAAUCGAAGGCCGAGGCUAGCCAAUUACGUAAUCGUCUUACACUCGUAGAGAAAAACUUAAAUGAUACCGAUCCCGAAGCAAAGCUACACCGCCUGGAAGCGAACGGGGAAACGACGACUUCCCCGCCACUGUUCAUAGGAGCAGAGUCGUCCAGCUCUCCCGUAAUGUUUAGCGGUUCCUCGGGAGUCCCACCACCCCCGCCACCCUCCUAUCUGCACUGUUUCCCGUAUCUACCGCCCUUGCCGCCCGCCGCCGCUUCCGGUCUACCUCCGUACGAUAUCAGUCAACGUCCUCCGCCACUCGGCGGCAGACUGUCGUCACCCCCGCCGAUGUUGCCGCCGCCGGCGUUACAUCGUCCCCCGGUUUCCGGGGGCAGGUACGAGAACGCCGGUUCCCCGCCGCCGCCUAUGUCUCCGCCGCAUUUACUUCCACCGUACGAUCGCCACAGAUCGCCGCCACCGCAUCCGUACGGUAGUGAUCACAUCCCGCCCCUUCCUCCACCUGGCUCGAUAUUGCCCCCACCCAUCGGCACGACGCAUCCAUGGGGUGAAGAAUCACUGCCGCACCCGCGCAAUUCUGGUUUUCAUCCACCUCAACGAGAGCAACGUGCGCGCAAUCAUAAAGGUUCCUUACAUUCUUCGGGAGAAUCACUGGAUAAGGCGCAUCACGGGAAAGUCUAAGUUUUGUAUCUUGUUAUUCACUUGUACAAAGGCCAAAUCAUCACUAUAUCAGUGAGAGUUCUCAUUGUGUAACAAUUAUAAAUAAAUAUGUGAUGAUGAAAAUUUUACAUCAAAUAUUAAUAGAAGAUAACGUAUUAUACAUGGGGAUUCAUUAAACAGUGUCAUCUGUAAAUGUUGUUAUUAUAUCUGUGAUUACUACAUAGUAGACUACUGUUCCCUAUUGCUUUUCUUAAAAAGAGCAAUCUUUUUAUCAUCACUCAUCAGUUAUCAGACAAA